AUGAAUUCUGCCACCGAUUGGGAAGCCCAACAUCGGCAGACACUUUUGGAGAGCCGAGCAACCCUGGAGCGUUCUGCAUCUUCGGUUGCACGAUCGCAACGCAUUGCAGCAGAAACUGAACAAGUUGGAACAGAAGUAGUGGCAGAAUUAGGAGAACAGCGAGAGACGUUACUGAGGGCUAAAAGGCGCUUAUCACAAACUGAUCAAGAGCUAACCAAAACGCAAAAAGUUCUUCGAACAAUGACAAGAAGAGUUUUAACGAAUAAAUUUAUUUUAGUAUUGAUCAUCAUCCUCGAAGUUGGAAUUCUUGCUGCUGUCGUUUAUUUGAAAUUCUUUAGAAAGUGAUUCGCACAUCAUAAUCAUUGACACUUGUAAAUGUGUACCAAUCGAUAUCCAAGUAUUUAAAUUUUAUGUACAUACAACUAGCUUCUAUUCAAUAACCAAUUUGCUAUGUUAGAAAAGCCACUACAUCAGAUAUGUAUCUCGAACAUGUAAUAAGCGUCUAGAUCGACUGUAAAACAGUUUUUAUCUCAAUGGUAAAUUCCAUGAAAGCGAUGAGGUGCUGUUGUGAGUAAAGUAUAAUGGCAAUGUAUUAUUUGAAUGAGAAUUCAAAUCGUCUUGUGUUAUUUUUGUUUUUAUAUUAAGUAAAUGACACUAUAUACAAGCUAUAAAUUCGGGUGAUUUGGUAAAAGGGACAGUUCUGUCUUAUAGCAGUAGCACAGGACACUGUUACUUUCACCGAAUAUUACAAGUUACAAUAAAAUUCAGUUGUUAUUAUAAAAUGCAAAUAUUCUCCUGAA